GCAUUCCAUUCAUUGUCUUUCCUGGCCGUCGGAGACAGGGUGGAGUGAGGCGGAAGUGGGUUGAAAAAGGAAGACUUGAGGCAAAGAGCAAAGUGAGACGAUAGAAGGGAAGCGAAAGAAUCGACCGCACUGCCGCCGCACGAACUAACUUCGUAUUCGUUUAGUUUGAAUGAAAAAACUGUUGCAUCGUGGUAUCGAUCAAAGUCGACAGGAUUUUCACAACGGAAGCGAAUGAAUAAAAAGCGCUUGCCACGUCUGAGAAAAAACAACUAGCGCUUCUUCAACUUUGGGUGCUUCCUGGCUAACUCUAGCGACCAAACUGGGUUUACAUUUGAAACGGAGUGUUGUCAUUUUUUUAUCAGUCAGCCUGGCAGUCAUACAACUUCAUAGAACUAGUUGAUCUGCGACUGGGGAAGGGUGUUCUGGACAAACGGCCAUCCGAUACUCCCAUCACUACCACUGUCUGCGUUUGACUUGUUGGCGGGGCGUUGGUGCCGUCAUUUUUCUCCCCCCAUUCUCUUGGUCCACCCUUCUGCCCCAUUCAGCUCGAUAGGAAACCAUUCUCGACCACUACAUUACUAAUAAGAGCAUAGAAAUGGCCGGAAUGAAUAGCAUCGAUGCAGUUAAGCGAAAAAUCAAAGUUUUACAGCAACAAGCGGAUGAAGCAGAGGAGAAAGCUGAGAUUUUGCAGAGGCAGGUCGAGGAGGAGAAACGCGCGAGAGAACAGGCUGAGGCAGAGGUGGCCUCUCUGAACAGGCGCAUCCAGCUGGUUGAGGAGGAGCUGGAUCGCGCUCAGGAGCGCCUGGCCACCGCCCUGCAGAAGCUCGAGGAGGCUGAGAAAGCCGCGGAUGAGAGUGAGAGAGGGAUGAAGGUGAUUGAGAACAGGGCCCUGAAGGAUGAGGAGAAGAUGGAGCUGCAGGAGAUCCAGCUGAAGGAGGCCAAGCACAUUGCUGAGGAGGCCGACCGCAAGUAUGAGGAGGUGGCCCGUAAAUUGGUGAUCGUUGAGGGAGAGCUGGAGCGCACAGAGGAGAGGGCAGAGCUGGCCGAGGCUAAGUGUGCUGAGCUUGAGGAGGAGCUGAAAAAUGUCACCAAUAAUCUUAAGAGCCUGGAGGCCCAAGCCGAAAAGUACUCUCAGAAAGAGGACAAAUAUGAGGAAGAGAUCAAGAUCUUGACUGAUAAACUGAAAGAGGCUGAGACUCGUGCUGAGUUUGCAGAGAGGUCUGUGGCUAAACUGGAGAAGACCAUUGAUGACCUGGAAGAGCGAGUGGCCCAAGCGAAGGAUGAGAACGUUCAGCUCCAUGCUACCCUGGACCAGACCCUCCAGGACCUCAGCAGCGUCUGAGCCGACAGCAGCACAAACAUCUCAACAUCUCACCCCCUCCCUCUCUUCCUCUUCCUCUCUUCCUCUCGUGUGUCUUUCUCCCUUCCUUCUUGUAAUUGGGUUAUGUCUAUGUCCAAAGACGUCCCCAUCUGAAACACUUAACAGUCGUCCUUAUCCUCCCCUUGUAACCCCCCCCCCCACCCCACCCCCUCCUCCCUGUUCCUUUUCAGUCUUUAGUUCUUUCAAUAUCUUAAAACACCCUCACCUGUGUUGGCACCAAAACAGUUUGGGGACCAAAACCACAUCUGGUGGUCUACAACCACUUAGUUUUCCAGACCAUGUGGAGACCACUGAAGUUGUGUGGGGAUUUUUGUUUCGUAACCAUGUAUCUCUUGUGUACGGGCAUGAUGUGUUUUCAUUUUCAAGUGUUCUUAACACACAGGCCAACUUUUGCAAAGAGCCACUUUUAUGAAUGUGCACAGUUCUUUUAAAACUUUUUUUGGGUUGUUUUUAAAAAACAUGACACCAUUGUAGUGUACCUGUGGGAAAGGUGACGUGAUGGUCGUGGUGCUCGAGCCAAUCACAAGCAAUGUUACUUACUGCCAAAACAAGAGGAGCCAAUGAGACGUGGAGUAGAGCGAUGACACUGGGAGAGAGUCGUCUUGUGAGGAGUAAUUUCAACUGGAACGGAAUGUCCACUGCUACAUGUAAUGACUUUAUUACAACUUGUGUCUGUGUUCAAUGAGUAACUAAAUCUCUUAGUUUUUUUUUUUAAAUAAAAUAAAAAUAAAGUCC